AUGGGUCUCACUGACUUCUACAAAACAAACUCGACUAACGAGAAGCACAAUGAGCAGCCAGGCUCGGCCAGUUUAACUUCGGCCUCUGAUAACGAAGCUGCCGUCAUCCAAAUUGAUCAAAACAAGAAGGAAAUUGGUUAUGUUUCGGCCACCUUUUUGAUGCUUAACAGAAUGUUGGGUGCCGGUGUGUUUUCCACUGGUUCCACUAUUUUCGCCCUUUCUGGAUCUGUUGGAACUGCCUUGAUGAUGUGGUUCGCAGGUACUAUCAUUGCACUUUCCGGUUUGUUGGUGUAUAUGGAAUUGGGAUCUGCCUUGCCUAGAAACGGUGGUGAAAAGAACUAUUUAGAAUACUUGUUCAAGAAGCCUAAAUUCUUGGUCACUGCCAUGUACGCUUCCUAUGUUUUCUUCUUGGGUUGGGCUGCUGGUAACUCUAUUGUCGUCGGUGAAUAUAUUUUGAACGCCGCAGGCAAGGAAGUUACUCAAUGGAACUCCAGAGGUAUUGGUAUUGCUGUCAUUACCUUUGCCUUCUUAAUCAAUGCCAUCAAUGUUAAGGCUGGUUUGUUCUUGGCCAACUCCUUAGGUGUCUUCAAGGUGUUCAUUGUGUUGUUCAUCACAGUCACAGGUUGGGUUGCCCUUGGUGGUGGUAUCAAGACUAACAACUUCCACCCUACUGGAAACUUCCACAAUGCUUUCUCUGGUGAAACCCCUACUGCUUUCGGUAUUGUUAAUGCUUUGUACAAUGUCAUUUGGUCGUAUGUGGGUUACUCCAAUGCUAACUAUGCUUUGGGUGAAAUCAAGAACCCUGUCAAAGUCUUGAGAGUCGCUGCUCCAACCGCUUUUAUCUUCUUGGGUAUUAUCUAUAUGUUUGUUAACAUUGCUUACUUUGCUGUUGUUCCAAAGGAAGAAAUCGCUGGUUCCGGUAGAAUUUUAGCUGCCUCCUUCUUCAAGUUCGCUUUUGGUGACUCUGCUGAAAAGGCUGCCUCUGUAUUUGUCGCUUUGUCUGCCUGGGCCAACGUCAUGUCUGUCAUUUUCUCCCAGGGUAGAAUUGUUCAACAAUUGGGUCGUGAAGGUGCCUUGCCAUUCUCGAGAUUCUUUGCUACUUCCAGACCUUUCAGCACUCCAUUUGUUGGUUUGAUGGAACAUUGGAUUGUCUGUAUCAUCACCAUUGUUGCUCCACCUCCAGGUGAUGCUUACAACUUUGUGUUGAACUUGAUUUCUUACCCAUUGAACGUUGUCAACACUGUUCUUGCCGGUGGAUUGCUCUAUGUCUAUUACCAAAGAUACAGAGGUUUGACCGAAUGGAACCCUCCUAUUAAGGCCACUUUGCCUGUUGUCGCUUUCUUCUUCUUAGCUUCCUUGUACUUGAUUGUUGCUCCUUACAUUCCUCCAGUGAAGGGACAAACUGUCUACAAUUCUUUGCCAUACUGGAUCCAUGCCGUUGUCACUUGGGGUGUCUUUGGUAUCGGUUUAGUUUACUGGAUUGUCUGGGCCAAGAUCCUUCCAAAAAUCGGUAACUACACCUUGGUUUCAAAGGAAAUCAUUGGUGAAGACGGUUUCUGGAGAAACAAAAUCUACAAGAUCGCAAAUGAUGGUUCCAAUAGGGAAGAAAUCGAAAAUGAUGGUAACGACAGUUCCGAUACUAAGGGCAUAAAUUAGAAAAACCCUUCGGUAAGUCAUUCAAUGGCUGCUACAACUACAGGGUACUAAUCAUAUUUAAUCAUGAUAUAAUAGCUGGGCAUUUAUAAAGUUUAUUUCAACAUACUUUUCUUAAUAGUCAUUUAAUUCAACUUCAAGACGUUUACUUCAUAAUAGAUUAUCUUUUAUUU